GUCAUCUGGCGUUGGAUCGUCUGGCUUGACAGUGGGCAUCGGGUCACCAGGCAUGACAGUGAGCACUGGGUCAUCAGGUACCGGAUCGUCUGGAUCGACAGCGGGCACCGGGUCAUCAGGCAUUGGAUCGUCUGGCUCGACAGCGGGCAUCGGGUCACCAGGCAUGACAGCGGGCACUGGGUCAUCAGGCAUUGGAUCGUCUGGCUCGACAGCGGGCAUCGGGUCACCAGGUAUGACAGCGGGCACUGGGCCAUCAGGCGUGAUAGGAUCAUCAGGCUGGAUCAGUUCAUCAGGCUGGGUAGAGACAUCAGGCUGAAGUGCAGGUGCCGAGGCACCAGGCUGAACCAUGGAAGGCAGGUUCUCAGACUGCAGGCUCACCGGUUUGGAUACUGGCAGGAUGAGAAGAGCUGGAAGAUGGAACAGAGGAGGGAGCAGUUGCUACAGAGGACUUCUUUACAGGGUUAAAGAAAGGAUAGGUGCAGCGAGUGGGAGCAGAGG